CAGGAUGGUGAUACCUGUUUGGGGACACAAUAGCAGUGUUCUUAUUGUCCCUGUCGCUAGUGUUGGUGUAUGCACAAUAGGGGCGCGGCGGGGACAAAGAACAAUAGCAACGGGGCCGACCGCGGCUUAUCACACUGCGUUUAGGCAGCUAGCCCUGGGUUGGCGGACAAUAUGAAUGGGGGCCUGCAUUGCGAGCGAGGGGGUCGGGAUCGACAUGCGUCGGUGUAACAGCGGGCUAUUCUUCCUAUUGUCCACCUGUUGGGUGGCGGUUUCAACGAUUCUGGUUUGUGCGACUUGCGGCGGAGGCGUCUCUGCGCCGUGGACGAGCUGGGUUCAGAGCGGACGCAAGCAGCAAGCUAACAUGCGGCCAAGCUUCGUACACUCGGAGGACGUCCUUAGUGGUACAGUACAACGAAGUAAAAUCCUCCAUUCCAGAGCUCCUUCCUGCCAACAUGAUAACCUAACGCCAUCGCUGAUAAUGCUACAAAUAAGUAGAUCCCUUCAAAACCUCAUACGUGAAAUCCAGUUGCGCUCGUGAACUGAUAUCCCCUUUCCCACAAAUAAGGUGUUAACCGCCAAUGGGCGAGGAGUCUCAUGCUCUCGCUAGAGACUGUCAACCAAAAAAAGAAAACUUCCAAGGAGGCAUCGAAAAGGAUAGGGAAGACACAGCGCUGUGUCAACGCUACCUUUGCGGCUGGUACGGUCGGAUCUCGU